CUCCUCGUUCUCCUGCUCCUGCGGCCGUAACGGGGGGAUGCGGGGCGAGGGGGAGGCCGGGCCGCCGCCCCGAACGAAGGACCGGCCGCCCGGGCUCCGGGAGCCGGGAGACUGAGAGGACCGACCCGAGGCGGCGGCGGCGACGACGACGACGACGGCGGCGAGGAGGCCGGGAAGACGCGGGACUCGUCCGGACUUUGCGGCCUCCGGUGCGGGCGGGGGACAUGCAGCCGCCGCCGCAGCCCUACGACUUCUUCAGCGACGAGAACGGCCCCAAAUGGCGGGGGCUCUUCGUCCCGGCCCUCAGGAAGGUUCAGCAGCAAGUGCACCCAAAUCUCUCAGCAAAAGAAGAUUCCCUCUAUUAUAUAGAAGAGUUGAUUCUUCAGCUGCUAAGUAAAUUAUGCAUUGCACAACCAAGGACCGUUCAAGAUGUGGAGGAGCGAGUUCAAAAGACAUUUCCCCAUCCAAUUGACAAGUGGGCCAUUGCUGAUGCGCAGUCUGCCAUUGAGAAAAGGAAACGAAGAAAUCCCCUCUUACUACCUGUGGAUAAAAUUCAUCCAUCGUUAAAGGAAGUCUUAGGCUAUAAAGUAGAUUACCAUGUUUCUCUCUACAUUGUGGCCGUAUUGGAAUAUAUUUCAGCUGAUAUUUUGAAAUUAGCUGGUAAUUAUGUUUUCAAUAUCCGACACUAUGAAAUCUCCCAGCAGGACAUAAAAGUAUCAAUGUGUGCAGAUAAGGUUUUAAUGGACAUGUUUGAUCAGGACGACAUUGGUUUGGUUUCUCUCUGUGAAGAUGAGCCCUCUUCUUCAGGUGAAUUAAAUUACUACGACUUAGUUAGAACUGAAAUUGCUGAAGAAAGGCAGUACCUGCGAGAGCUAAAUCUGAUUAUAAAAGUGUUUCGCGAGGCUUUCCUAUCUAACAGAAAGCUGUUCUCAUCUUAUGAUAUUGAAGUGAUAUUCAGCAACAUUUCAGAUAUUCAUGAAUUGACCAUGAAGCUUUUAGGUCUAAUUGAGGACACUGUUGAAAUGACAGAUGAGAGUAGUCCUCACCCUUUAGCUGGCAGCUGUUUUGAAGAUCUGGCAGAAGAGCAAGCGUUCGACCCCUAUGAAACCUUGUCACAGGAGAUUCUCUCGACAGACUUUCAUGAUCAUUUCCAUAAUUUGAUGUCCAAACCUGCAGUUGCUCUCCAUUUUCAGUCCAUUGCUGAUGGUUUUAAAGAGGCAGUGCGUUAUGUCCUUCCACGUCUCAUGUUGGUGCCAGUUUACCAUUGCUUGCACUAUUUUGAAUUAUUACAGCAAUUACAAGAAUGCAGUGAAGAAGAGGAGGACAGAGAGUGUUUGAAACAAGCCAUUACUGCGCUGUUGAAUCUUCAAUGUAGUAUGGAACGGAUUUACAAGCAGCAUUCACCUAGACGGCGCCCUGGGGAUCCAGUUUGUCGGUUUUAUAACCGUCAAAUAAGAAGCAAGCACCUGGCCAUCAAAAAAAUGAAUGAAAUUCAGAAAAAUAUUGAUGGAUGGGAAGGCAAAGAUAUUGGCCAGUGUUGUAACGAAUUCAUCAUGGAAGGCCCACUAACAAGAUUAGGAGCUAAGCACGAACGCCAUAUUUUUCUCUUCGAUGGCUUGAUGAUCAGCUGUAAGACAAAUCAUGGGCAGUCCCGGCUUCCAGGUUACAGCAGUGCAGAGUUCAGACUAAAAGAAAAGUUUAUCAUGAGGAAAAUUCAAAUCAAUGACAAAGACGACACUAGUGAGUGCAAACAUGCUUUUGAAUUAGUUUCCAAAGAUGAGAACAGCAUUGUAUUUUCUGCCAAGUCUGCUGAGGAAAAAAACAAUUGGAUGGCAGCUCUAAUUUCUCUUCAGUAUCGGAGUACUCUGGAUCGAAUGCUUGAUUCGGUGUUACUUAAAGAAGAAAACGAGCAGCCUCUGAGACUACCCAGCCCAGAAUUGUAUCGUUUUGUUGUGAAAGACUCUGAAGAAAACAUUGUUUUUGAAGACAACUUACAAAGUAGGAGUGGAAUUCCUAUAAUUAAAGGCGGAACUGUGGUGAAAUUAAUUGAAAGACUAACGUAUCAUAUGUAUGCAGAUCCGAAUUUUGUGCGAACUUUCCUUACAACGUACCGGUCCUUUUGCAAACCACAGGAACUGUUGAGCUUAUUGAUCGAAAGAUUUGAAAUCCCAGAUCCUGAGCCUACGGAAGCGGAUAGGCUGGCAGUGGAGAAAGGAGAGCAGCCUAUCAGUGCGGACCUUAAAAGGUUUCGCAAGGAAUAUGUCCAGCCAGUACAACUGAGGAUACUGAAUGUGUUUCGACACUGGGUUGAGCACCAUUUUUAUGACUUUGAGAGAGAUUUGGAAUUGCUUGAAAAACUAGAAUCUUUUAUUACAAGUGUAAGAGGGAAAGCCAUGAAGAAGUGGGUAGAAUCAAUUGCUAAAAUCAUCAGGAGGAAAAAACAAGCUCAGGCAAAUGGAAUCAGCCAUAGCAUUACAUUUGAAAGCCCACCUCCACCAAUUGAAUGGCAUCUCAGCAGACCGGGGCAGUUGGAAACUUUUGACCUCAUGACACUCCAUCCCAUAGAAAUUGCUCGUCAGCUAACACUUCUCGAAUCUGACCUGUACAGAGCAGUUCAGCCUUCGGAACUUGUUGGAAGUGUGUGGACUAAAGAAGAUAAGGAAAUCAAUUCCCCAAAUUUAUUGAAAAUGAUCAGGCAUACUACCAAUCUUACUCUUUGGUUUGAAAAGUGUAUAGUGGAAGCAGAGAACCUUGAAGAACGAGUGGCAGUGUUGAGUAGAGUCAUAGAAAUCCUGCAAGUUUUUCAAGAUUUAAACAAUUUCAAUGGUGUGUUGGAGAUUGUCAGUGCAGUGAAUUCAGUGCCUGUGUACAGGUUAGACCACACAUUUGAGGCAUUACAAGAGAGGAAAAGGAGAAUUUUGGAUGAAGCAGUGGAACUAAGCCAAGAUCACUUUAAAAAAUACCUGGCGAAACUUAAAUCAAUCAAUCCACCCUGUGUGCCUUUUUUUGGAAUUUAUUUAACCAAUAUUUUGAAGACUGAAGAAGGAAAUAAUGACUUUCUGAAGAAACAAGGAAAAGAAUUAAUCAACUUCAGUAAGAGGAGGAAAGUAGCCGAAAUUACUGGAGAAAUUCAACAGUAUCAGAAUCAGCCUUACUGUUUGCGGAUUGAAGCAGAAAUAAGGGGAUUCUUUGAAAAUCUCAAUCCUAUGGGCAAUACAUCUGAAAAAGAAUUUACAGACUACUUGUUCAAUAAAUCACACGAAAUUGAACCCCGAAACUGCAAACAGCCACCUCGAUUUCCUAGGAAAACAACUUUCUCUUUAAAGUCCCCUGGAAUAAGGCCCAAUGCGGGCAGGCAUGGCUCUACCUCAAGCACUUUACGAGGUCACCCAACUCCUCUAGAAAGAGAACCAUGUAAGAUAAGCUUCAGUCGGAUUACUGAAGCUGAGCACGAGGCAACAGUGUCAGCACCAACGUCUCCAAACACGCCGUCUACUCCACCGGUCUCUGCUUCUUCAGACCUUAGUGUAUUUUUAGAUAUAGAUCUCAACAGUUCCUAUGGAAGCAACAGCAUCUUUGCUCCAGUUCUCUUGCCCCAUUCAAAGUCUUUUUUCAGUUCAUGUGGAAGUUUACAUAAGUUAAGCGAAGAGCCACUGGUUCCUCCUCCUCUUCCACCUCGCAAAAAGUUCGAUCAGGACGCUUCAAAUUCCAAGGAGGGAAAUCUGAAAUCCGGCGACGACCCUCCUGCUAUUCCACCAAGGCAGCCGCCACCUCCGAAGAUAAAGCCACGGGUUCCUGCGUACGGUGGUCCUUUUGAAGGACCUCUUCACAGUCCACCACCACCACCCCCGAGGGACCCCCUUCCAGAUACUCCCCCACCAGUUCCGCUUCGCCCACCGGAACACUUCGUCAACUGUCCGUUUAACCUUCAGCCACCGCCGAUGGGACAUCUCCACAGAGAUCCAGACUGGUUCAGAGAAACCAGUACGUGUCCAAAUUCCCCAAAUACUCCUCCAAGCACCCCCUCUCCAAGGGUACCUCGUCGCUGCUGUAUGCUCAGUUCCAGUCACAACAACCUUGCUCAUCCUCCAGCUCCCCCGGUUCCGCCAAGGCAGAAUUCUAGCCCUCAUUUACCCAAACUGCCUCCAAAGACUUACAAGAGGGAGCUUUCUCAUCCUCCUUUGCACAGACUGUCUUUGCUAGAAAACGCAGAAACUCCUCAAUGACCUUAGCCAUAUUUAGUCGUUGACACUGGAAUAGUAUUUGUAAAGUUCCUUUUUUUAUUUAUUCAAAAAAGGCAGUGGAUUUUAGUACUUUUACAAAUAACGCUCUUACAAAAAUGCUGCUGAUUUUUUUCCCCCCCUGCUCCAGAAAAGCCCUAAAUUGGGAAAACAAAAAGCACGCACGUCUCCAUGCUCCUUCAGCGUUUCCCUCAGGUGGUCCGUAGCAUUGCCUUGUCUUUGGAUCCUCAGUGCCGCCGACAGUUAGGCCAGUAUAAAGAACUCCCCGUUUGCACUGAAGAUUACACUAAAAUGAAUUCAACUGACAGCUGAUUGCACUGGGCCAAAAAUUUUUUAAAAAAGGUGCAUUUGUGGCAUUUUUCCAAUUUGAAAACCAGACGCCUUUUUAAGACUAUGGAUUCACACAUGUACAGGGGCCCUCAUCUUCUGAUUUUGUGAGUACCUUCCUGGAGCGUUGUGAAUAAUAACCACUCUUCUCCAAUCCCACAAUGUUUUGACUUACAGGCUAUAGCCAUUGAUUUGCUGCUGAAGACAAAGACAAGAGAGAACUAAUUUGAAGAUAGAAAAUUAAGGGGUCAGAUCGCAUUUAUAGGUUUUGAUUAUGUUGGCAGGGUAGACAGACUACCUUAUUGGGUACCAUACCCAGUUAUUGAAAAAGAAAAUCUGCGUAUUUAGCAUGCAUCCUGUUCAAAUGUGCCUUUUAUUUUGGCAGGCAAAAGUGUCUUAAGCUAAUGAGUUGCCUACUGUUUCGGAGAACAAAGCUAAUAUGCCAUGUAUGUACAGUUUUGUUUAUAUUGUAUAUUUCAGAUAAUGCUAAUAACCUGUAUAAAUGUAAGUGACUUGCGGCUUAUAAAACAGUAUGCUACUUUGCAAACUCACACAUUCAGAGGAAAGCUUUCUGUGGCUUAGGAACCGAGUUUUGCCUUCCAAACCUAAUAACUUUCUCUCUAGAUCUCAUUGCAUUUACAGUCAUUUUAAAAAUAUAUAUAUUUUUUGGAGAUUGGUAGUAUUUAAACCAGCAAACACUAAAACUAUAUUAAACUUUUUAAACAGCCAAAGGAAUGAAUUUUUUCUUUGCCAUUUGGGCUACGUAGUUGUUCAAGCUGAUGAGAGAAUGAAUGUUUUUAAGGUAGUACUGUAGCAGCAGUUGUAAAAGUGGCCAAAAGCCACUUGUUUUAUUUCCUGGUCUGUGGCCUUUUACUGUGCUUUGUAUCAGAGUUCUUAACAAGAUUAAUAAAUCACCCCAGUCUUAAUUUGUAAAAUA